CGGAGCCAAGAUGGCGUCGGCGCGGCCGCGGACGCCGGGGCGGGCGGAGCGGCGGCAGCGGCGGCGCGGGCGGCGGCUCUCGGCGCUCUGCGGCGCAGGGCUCAUGUAAUCAAAGAAGUUUCUUUGUUGUGUGUAUCUUUUCAGAACACAACAGGAAUUGAAAAUGAAUCAGAACACUGAGCCUGUUGCAGCUGCUGAGAGCCUGGCUGAGGUACCUGAACAUGUGCUUCGAGGACUUCCAGAGGAAGUGAGGCUUUUCCCAUCUGCUGUUGACAAGACUCGGAUUGGUGUCUGGGCCACUAAACCAAUUUUAAAAGGCAAAAAGUUUGGGCCAUUUGUUGGUGAUAAGAAAAAAAGAUCUCAGGUUAAGAAUAAUGUGUACAUGUGGGAGGUAUAUUACCCAAAUUUGGGAUGGAUGUGCAUUGAUGCCACCGACCCAGAGAAGGGGAAUUGGCUGCGAUAUGUGAAUUGGGCUUGCUCAGGAGAAGAGCAGAAUUUAUUUCCGCUGGAAAUCAACAGGGCCAUUUACUAUAAAACUUUAAAGCCAAUCGCGCCGGGCGAGGAGCUCCUGGUCUGGUACAAUGGGGAAGACAACCCCGAGAUAGCAGCUGCGAUUGAGGAAGAGCGAGCCAGCGCCCGGAGCAAGCGGAGCUCCCCGAAAAGCAGGAAAGGGAAGAAAAAAUCCCAGGAAAGUAAAAACAAAGCAAACAAAACCGAAGACCUACAGCUGAAGACUAGCGAGCCAGAUUCUGCUUCUGCAAAUAUGAGAGAUUCUGCGGAAGGUCCCAAAGAAGAGGACGAGAAGGCGUCAGCCUCUGCAGUGGAGCAGACGGCCGUUCUUCAGGAGGCGGUCAGUCAGGAUGUGCCUCCGGAGCUUGUCGUCCCCCCUGCCGCCUGUGAGCCCCGCACGGAACCAGACGAGAGGCCAGCAGCCACGAACUGUGAGGUGAAUGAUGUGGAGGAAGAGGAGGAAGAGGACGAGCUGGAGGAAGAGGACGAGCUGGAGGAAGAUGGGGAGGAAGAAGCUGACAUGCCAAAUGAAAGUUCUGUGAAAGAGCCAGAAAUCCGAUGUGAUGAGAAGCCGGAAGAUUUACUAGAAGAACCAAAACAUGUGUCAAAAGAAACGCUUGCAGGCUCUCCGGAGGUUCCACCUGUUUGCAGAACUCCCAAAAUGAAAGAAGAGGCCAAUGGCGACAUCUUUGAGACGUUUCUGUUCCCGUGUCAGCACUGUGAGAGGAAGUUCACGACCAAGCAGGGGCUCGAGCGCCACACGCACAUCCACAUGUCCACAGUCAAUCAUGCUUUCAAGUGCAAGUACUGCGGGAAGGCAUUCGGCACGCAGAUCAACAGGAGGCGGCACGAGCGGCGCCACGAGGCGGGGCUGAAGCGCAAGCCUGGGCCCGCGCUGCAGCCGCCCGUCGACCCGGCAGACGGCAGAGCCCCCGGAGACCGCGCCGCCGCCGCCGCCGCUGCGCAUGGCUCGCCGCCCUCCGGCCUCGGGCAGGACUCUCUGCUCUCGCAUUCAGAGAAGGCCCCCCUGGAAGCGGUCAGUUCUUCUGUUGUAGAGGAGAACGGGGACGUUAAAGAGCUGCAUCCGUGCAAGUACUGUAAGAAGGUGUUUGGAACGCAUACGAAUAUGAGACGGCAUCAGCGUAGAGUGCACGAGCGCCAUCUGCUCCCCAAGGGCGUGCGGCGGAAAGGGGGCCUCCUGGAGGAGCCACGCCCGCCCGCGGAGCAGGCCCCGCCCGCCCAGAGUGUCUACGUGCCCAGCACGGAGCCAGAGGAGGAUGGGGAGGCAGAGGACGUGUACAUCAUGGAUAUCUCCAGCAACAUCUCGGAAAACCUAAAGUUCUAUAUUGAUGGCAAAAUUCAGACCAGCAGCAGCACGAGUAACUGUGACGUCAUCGAGAUGGAGUCCAGCUCGGCCGACUUGUAUGGGAUCAAUUGUCUGCUUACUCCAGUUACGGUGGAGAUCACCCAAAACGUAAAGACCACGCAGGCCGCCAUAGCAGAUGAUCUUCCUAAAGAGCCUUCCAGCGGCACGAACAGCGAGUCCAAGAAACGGAGAACCGCGAGUCCUCCUGCGCUACCUAAAAUCAAAGCGGAGACGGAGCCUGAGCCCUCGGUGCCCUCGUGUUCCUUACUGCCUCUCAGCAUAUCCACGUCAGAGGCAGUGUCUUUCCACAAGGAAAAAAGUGUGUACUUGUCAUCGAAGCUCAAACAACUCCUUCAGACCCAGGACAAGCUAACUCCUCCUGCAGGCAUUUCAGCGACCGAAAUACCGAAGUUAGGGCCCGUUUGUGUGUCCGCUCCCGCGUCCAUGCUCCCCGUGACCUCGAGUCGGUUUAAGCGGCGGACCAGUUCUCCUCCCAGUUCCCCACAACACAGUCCUGCCCUUCGAGACUUUGGAAAGCAAAGCGAAGGCAAAGCAGCGUGGACUGAUGGAGUUCUAGGUUCCAAAAAGCCCAAAUUAGAAAGUCACAGCAACUCACCCGCGUGGAGUUUAUCUGGGAGAGAGGAGAGAGAAGCCGUGAGCCCGCCAUGCUUUGACGAAUAUAAAGUAUCUAAGGAGUGGGCGGCCAGUUCUACUUUUAGCAAUGUGUGCAACCAGCAGCCACUGGAUUUAUCCAGCGGUGUCAAACAGAAGGCUGAGGGCACAGGCAAGACUCCGGUCCAGUGGGAAUCUGUAUUAGAUCUCAGUGUGCAUAAGAAGCCUUGUAGUGACUCUGAAGGCAGGGAGUUCAAAGAAAACCAUCUGGUGCAGCCAGCCUGCAGUGCUAUAAAGAAAAAGAAACCAACUACCUGCAUGCUGCAGAAGGUUCUUCUCAAUGAGUACAAUGGCCUCGACUUACCUGUAGAGAGCACUGCAGAUGUGACCCGGAGCCCGAGUCCUUGUCAGUCCCUGGACCCCCAGCCGGACGCUGGCCUUGGCCCAGACUCCAGUUCAUCGGCCCCUGUGUCUGAGUCCCCACCCGAUGUUUCUCCUUCCUCGCCUGCCCUACAGACCUCUUCCCUUUCUUCUGGGCAGUUGCCUCCUCUCUUGAUCCCAACACACCCCUCUUCCCCCCCAGCCUGUCCUCCCGUGUUGACUGUUGCCACACCACCGCCUCCACUCCUUCCUACUGUCCCUCUUCCGGUCCCCUCUUCCGAGGCAUCUCCCUGUCUGUGUCCCUCUCCGCUCUCGAAUGCCACCGUGCAGUCCCCGCUUCCCAUUCUCUCCCCUACGGUGUCUCCGUCACCGUCUCCCAUCCCUUCCGUGGAGCCGCUCACGUCUGCUGCUUCGCCCGGACCCCCGACCCUUUCCUCGUCUUCUUCCUCGUCGUCUUCCUCGUCUUCUUCCUUCUCCUCUCCGUCUUCCUCCUCUUCCCCCUCGCCGCCACCGCUCUCAGCAGUCUCCUCUGUUGUUUCCUCUGGGGAUAAUCUGGAAGCUUCUCUGCCCAUGAUAACUUUCAAGCAGGAGGAACUAGAGAAUGAUGAUCUGAAACCCAGGGAAGAACUCCAGUCUGCAGUUGAACAGGAGAUUGUUCAGGAAACAUUCAACAAAAACUUCGUCUGCAAUGUCUGUGAAUCACCUUUUCUUUCCAUUAAAGAUCUAACCAAACAUUUAUCUGUCCAUGCUGAAGAAUGGCCCUUCAAAUGUGAAUUUUGUGUGCAGCUCUUUAAGGCUAAAACUGAUCUGUCAGAACAUCGCUUUUUGCUUCAUGGAGUUGGGAAUAUCUUUGUGUGUUCAGUUUGUAAAAAGGAAUUUGCUUUCUUGUGCAAUCUGCAGCAGCACCAGCGAGAUCUCCACCCAGACAAGGUGUGCACCCACCAUGAGUUUGAAAGUGGCACCCUGAGGCCCCAGAACUUCACCGAUCCCAGCAAGGCCCAUAGAGAGCAUAUGCAGAGUUUGCCAGAAGAUCCUUUAGAAGCGUCGAAAGAAGAAGAAGAGCUAAAUGACUCCUCCGAAGAGCUUUACACAACCAUAAAAAUAAUGGCUUCUGGCAUAAAGACGAAAGACCCAGAUGUCCGACUGGGCCUCAAUCAGCAUUACCCGAGCUUUAAACCGCCCCCAUUUCAGUACCAUCACCGAAACCCCAUGGGCAUCGGCGUGACGGCCACAAAUUUCACGACACACAAUAUCCCACAGACGUUCACCACUGCCAUUCGCUGCACAAAGUGCGGGAAGGGUGUUGACAACAUGCCGGAGUUACACAAACACAUCCUGGCGUGUGCUUCUGCCAGUGACAAGAAGAGGUAUACCCCUAAGAAAAACCCAGUCCCCUUGAAACAGACCGUACAGCCCAAAAACGGUGUGGUGGUUCUAGAGAACUCCGGGAAGAACGCCUUCAGACGGAUGGGACAGCCCAAAAGACUGAACUUUAGCGUCGAGCUCAGCAAGAUGUCCUCGAACAAGCUCAAACUAAACGCGCUGAAGAAAAAAAACCAGCUUGUCCAGAAAGCAAUCCUUCAGAAGAACAAAUCUGCGAAGCAGAAGGCCGACUUGAACGCCGCCUGUGAGCCGGCCUCACACGUCUGCCCGCACUGCCGCCGGGAGUUCACGUACGUCGGGAGCCUCAACAAGCACGCCGCCUUCAGCUGUCCCAAAAAGCCGCGCUCUCCUGCCAGAAAAAACGUUGCCCACUCCUCCAAGAAAGGCGGGCACGCUUCCCCUGCAGAGAGCGACAAAAACAGCAGCGGCCACCGGCGGCGCACGGCGGACGCGGAGAUCAAGAUGCAGAGCAUGCAGGCUCCUCUGGGCAAGACCAGAGCGCGCAGCUCGGGCCCCACUCCCGUGCCGCUGCCCUCCUCGUCCUUCCGGUCCAAGCAGAACGUCAAAUUCGCGGCUGCGGUCAAGGCCAGAAAGCCAAGCUCCUCCUUAAGGAACUCGAGCCCAAUGAGAAUGGCGAGAAUAACUCACGUCGAGGGGAAAAAGCCCAAAGCGGUGGCCAAGAACCAUUCUGCCCAGCUCGCCAGCAAGACGCCCCGGGGCCUGCACGUGCGGGUGCAGAAGAGCAAGGCCGUCCUGCAGAGCAAAGCCGCUUUGGCCAGUAAGAAAAGAACAGACCGGUUCAAUGUAAAGUCUCGAGAACGGAGCGGGGGGCCGGUCACCCGGAGCCUCCAGCUGGCGGCCGCUGCCGACCCGGGGGACGGCAGGAGGGAGGACGGCGGUGGCAAGCAGGAGCUGAAGGACUUCAGAAUUUUGACAUAAGCAUUUAAAGGAAGUAGCUGUUGGUUCAGUUGGAGGCACGAAGAAGGGUCGCGGCUUUGGCUGCCUCAGACCUGAAUUCCCAGCUUUUGUGUCAGACCUAGGACUCACCGAGUGGUACCGUUUCUUUAUUAGGGCCGGUUGUGAAUUGAACUUAAAACCAUGACAGAGCUCCCCAAAGUACCCCAUUAUGAAAAGGUGAAAUUCUCUCACACUUCCUUCAUAUCUUGGGUGAUAUCUCAGUGUCACGUUGUAUUAUUUCCGGAUCAUAGACCAUUGCUCCUGGUUACGGUUGGAACUUCACCGAAGUCCGUUGAAACCACGUUGCCGGCUUGUUUAAUAUUUCUGUGCCCGGAGCAUAGUUACCGUAUUGAGCAUGCUUUUAUUGUUCAUGCUUUCUUGGGUUGUAAUUUGAAAAAAUUGCCUCACUGGUUAAAACCAACACCCAGCACCGGACUCUCUCUUGAGAUGCCUUAUUCCACACACACCCCCCGCCCGCUCCCCCCAACCAACCCACUCCUGGCUCCAGACAGAGGAUAAGAAACAGGCCAGAUUCUGAAGAAAGGAGAGGAGGGAGCGCUGAGAGCCUUGCAGUGGGGGCAGAGUCUGGCAGGCCCCUCGGACAGGUGUGGCAGCCCAGGGCAGGUCGGCCCCAUGUGUCAGCAGCGCCUUUGUUCCCCCAGCAAUGGCGGAAGACUUCAUCUUAGGUUGGAGGUGAUCUCACUGUUCUGUUCUGUGUCCUCCCUGUAUUAAGAACUGUUCUCAGCGGCACAUUGAAAACACAGGGCGACAGUUAAAUAUGUCAUACUGACUUUUCAGAUUUUCCAAGUUAACUCAAGUAACCCGAAUUGACGUUGCGUUCUCGGAAUCCCUGUUGCCUGGAUAAUGCCUCCAGGUGAAUCCUGUGUGAAAUAGUCAACAUCAGAUAGAAUUUCUGCAAAAUACUUUAAAAUCUUGUCCUUUCAGAGUGAUGAGCUGCUCGGCUCUAGGCUUUCUUGGCUGUAACUUUCAGUGUCUGAAAACUCUUUGGUGUUUCAGGCAAACCAUUAGAAUGAGUUCUGGGGAGUGACUGCCAUUUUGGAGAGGUCACGAGGACUCAGGUGCUGUUAUCACUGCACAGUUGAUGAGUGGAGUUCUUGGUGCUGGUGUGCCUUAAGUCGUGGCUAAAGAAAGAUGUAGAGAAGGGUCAUUGGCCAAGGCUGAUUGGAAUGAUUUACCGUAGGAACGAAGGGUCGCAUUUUUAAGAAGCGACUUUCGUGAGUGAACUAAAUAAUCCGUCACGGUAGUUCCAAUUCAGCAUCUGGUCUCUGGCCAUGGCAUAUGCAUUAAUAUAGCAUCUUGGAGCUUAGCCCUGGUGAAAAUGCACACCUAUGUAUCAGCUGUUCAAGCUGCCUGCCUGUGGCAGUUUAACUGUGUACCUGUUUGUACCCCGUCUGUGUUCUGGAAGUUCCACAACAACAGGAUGUUCUUGAACCGAGUCCUUUUCAAGGUUAAAGAACCAGAAAAUGCCAUUAUUUUCACUGACUGUACUAAGAAACAUCUCCCGGGUGGUUGAUGCUUUAGAAUGUACUGUGUGCAUCCCUUUUUGUCUGCAGUGUUAUCUGAAAGAAUCCCUUAUUUUGUACUGGAUCCCAUUUAUACGAUUCAAGGGUGAGGUUAUGAAAAAUUAAAGUAAUAUAAAGAUAAACUCUCUUGAGUAACUAUACAUGUAUGAAGUUCAUUCACUUGGCCUCUUACUCAUCCAGUGCUUUUUGACGAACCCUGAAAACUGCAAAGGACCAAAGUGCCUAAUAAAAUUGUGUCUCUCUUCUUUGCUCCAGUUAAUCUUAAUUAUUUUGCUUUAUUUGGUAGUUAACAGAGGGUUCCAUUGCUGGAAUGCAUUUGGCCUAAAAGCAAACACUGAAGAGUCUGAUAAGAAAACACUGCCAUUGUUUCUAACGGGUAGAUGGCGGCAGCAGGCGUCCCCUCCCCGGUGGCAGGAGUCUCUGGCACUGUGUACUGUGGGCACAGCUGAAUGAAGGACGUGUGUCCUACACUUGGGGAGGGGGGCGCUGCUUAGAGGUGACCACAAAUUCGUGAAGUAUUUUUGGCAAGUGAAAAAAACAACACGUUCCGUAGGACAUCAUAGUUUAAUUAUCUGGACAGAAGAGUGGGCAUUUCUUCCAAGAGUUUGGUGUGGUCUUCUUAGCACCUUGUCGUGCAUUUGCUAUAAAACUGGGAUUCCUAAGCUCCGGCCUCCGGAAGGUGGGUGGGGGGGUGGUCAUCACUGUCCAGCCCAGGGCUCUUAGAAAGCCGGCCUCAUCCUCCCUCCAUGUUGGGUGUGUUACACUGGAAAGGAAUUGUUUUAGGUGUAGUCUUCAUCCCUUCUCAGUAUAUUUCUGCUUGUAAAUUUUAUUCGGGGCUGAUUUCAUGGCGCAUGUUUAGGAGGAGUUGCUUUGCCUUUGUUUUUUCAGUGAUUUUGCUUUACUUAGCCCAUUGCGUAUUCACGGACUUACACCGAACUGGCCGCACAUCCUUUUCCUGUGUGUCUCAGCCUGACAGACUGUGAUUCAGAGCUAGUCCCCAGCACUCAGACAUUUUAACAUUUGAAUGCCAGUUGAGGAUUCCACAGUUUCUCAAGCCAUGUGAAUGAAGUCGGAGUUUCCCAUUGAAUGCUGAGGGCUCAGCAGAAUUUGCCAGUUGGUCAUUUCCUGGAGCACAAGACAUUGUGCCAGUCGGGGUGUAAAAAAGACCCGUGUUCCAAAUCCUCCUCUUAGGACAGGGCAGCAGAGGACACCGGGCAUACCGCCCAUCUUUAGAUUGUCCCGGGACAGCUGUCAACCCAGUGGACCCUACCCUUUGUUGGGCUCACCUCACACGGUCAGUGGCCAGAGCCCACCUGCAUGUUGUGGGACUGGAGUUAGAUCUCUUGCUGAGGGCUCAUUUCCACCUGCUGUAAGAGGGAGGAAAGACCAGGAAAGAGAUAGCCGUCUUUUGGUCUUUGUAAAUUUCGAGGUGUUCUUACAUUCUUCAAUGCUUCUUUUAGAGCAGCUUAACAAAAUACUGUGUUCCCGUUAAACACUUAAAGAUGGAGCAACAUGAGAUAUACCGGACCAUGUUUUCCUGUUGGCCACCGUGAUGCUAAGUUUUCACAUACCUGUCUCUGCCACAGACCACUCCAAAGAGACCUGCUCGUGGUCCUUCCCAGCCUCUCUCGAGUAGGAUACCCAAGUUCCUGUGCACCUUCAGAGUCCUUCUGUUGUUGUUCAUAAUGACAUUUGUUGAACAGUCUACAUACCGUUCCGUUAACACAGUCAGGUCAUGUCAGGUGAUGUUGCCAUUCAUCUUCAGUUUCCUUGUUUUCUAGGAGCUUCUUGUAUGUAGAAAAGCCCCCCAGACAAAGCAAACCUUAAUUGACUAAAUAAAGAUAUUGCAUGCUCAACUUAGGAUAAGCACUACGGCCAAGGAUACGAGAUCUACCACGCUUGCAAGACCAGUUGAAGCUGACUCAAAAAUCCUCACACACGACUGACUGUCGGCAGGCUUCUUGCUGCCCCGGUUAGGGUCGGGUCUCCGUUGCUUUGCCAGAGCCCAGCGCAUGCACUGGGCUCCCAGACAAUCGGGGUACAAGGAGGAGGGCAUGUGGCCACGGCGCUGGGGGCUCAGAUCUGAGCGCAGCCCUGGGUCUUGGCACACAGGAGAGAAAGGAAUGAUUGGAACUUAACCUUGCAGAGCAAGUUCUGGUUUAUGAGUAGUACUCUGUAGAUUUCAGGGACAACAAAUUCUGAUGCACUCAUUCUAAAAUGCUUUGGUCACACACCAGCUCUUGAUGCCUUUCUUUUAAAUGAGUUAUAUACAGAGAGGCAUUUAGCUUCUCUCAGCUUGUUUGUUCUUUUUCUGUUUUUUUGUUUUGUUUUGUUUUGUUUUUUUUAAAUAUAUAUCACAAGCAGAUUGCCAGCAUAAUGGAGAGGAAACCGGAUUGGAUAUGGAUUUUUUUUUUUUAAAUGCUUCUUCCAGUGUCAUGUUCAUAUAUCCAGAUGGACAUUAUCCUCUCAGAUGAUUAUCUGGCACUAAUUUAUAACUAUUAUAUUAUUGGAGACUAUGUAGCAAUAUAUACGCAGCCAGGAUGCACCCCAGGCCUCUACAGAUGUAUGUCUACAUGUAAGUAUAAAUGAAUUUACAUGCCAGGUUUUACACUUCCGUCUCUAAAAGAGAGCAAAAAAUCCACAAAUUGGCCUCGUCCUGAGUGGAUGUGUAAGUGUUGUUUCUCUGUGCGUUCUAUGCCUUCCCCUUAAUUGUUGACUGAGUUGGUGGAAAAUGGCUUUUAUUCAUGUUGUUUUUUGUUCUCAACUUUAAAAGUAAUCUACCUCUGAAAAUGUGUAGUUUGAUGCUUGUUUGGUGAAUUUGUGCCACUUUAACCCUUUCGCGACCAUUCCCAUUUUGUUACAUUUCUGUUAUGGGGACUUUUAUGUUGAAAUUUUGUACAAAGCAUUUGUAGCAGUUUAAAAAUAAAAUAUUUAAAAUUA